UUGUAGCUCCCUUCACUUUGAGUGGCAAAAGUAUCCUUCAGGAGCUCUGCCGUAGAGGUACCGAAUGGGAUGACCCCAUUCCCGAUAACCUGCUCUCACGGUGGGAGGACUGGAAAAAUGGUUUGGAAAAACUUAAAUCAGUCACAGUACCCAGAUGUUAUCAUCCACCUGACCUAAAAGACAUUGUUAAAGUGGAACUGCAUCAUUUCUCAGAUGCAAGUAACAUAGGCUAUGGAGCAUGUUCCUACAUUAGGUUCAUAAGUGAUGACAGCAAAGUGCACUGUAGUCUGGUUAUAGCUAAAGCUAGAGUCGCACCUACCAAAAUUAUAAGCAUACCACGACUAGAACUGUCAGCCGCAGUCACUUCAGCUAAGUUGAGCUUUAUGCUAAGAUCAGAGCUCGAGAUUAACAUUGAUGAGGAGUUCUUUUGGACUGACUCCCAAGUAGUCUUGGCAUAUAUCAACAAUGAGGCACGAAGAUUUCAUGUCUUUGUCGCAAAUCGUGUCCAGUUGAUCAGGGAAAUUACAGAUCCCAAACAGUGGCACUACAUUGACACAGCUCAGAAUCCAGCAGACCAUGCCUCUAGAGGCCUUAGUGCAUCAGAGAUUAUGACAACCUGCUGGCUAUCUGGCCCAAAGUUUCUGUGGGAACAAGAGAUUUCCUACUCAGCUGCUCCCUCAGCUGAACUGUUGGUAGGUGAUCCAGAAGUUAAAGCAGUCAAAACCUUUACAACUCAAACAAGCGAACAAGACACCAUCCUCAGACGCUUCGAAAGGUUCUCUAGCUGGUCAAUGCUCCUUAAAGUAGUGGCAAGAAUAAGAAGACUGAGACCAAACAUAACCCAAUAUGGCAGUGUUGUAACAGCGGUUGAACGCAAAGGAGCCGCUGAUGCAAUAAUAAAACUCCUUCAGCAGCAAUCCUUUUUUCAAGAGCUAAGAGUGUUGAAGGCAAAAGAUAGUCUCCCAAGUUCAAGCCCUCUCUUUCAACUGGAUCCUGUUGUAGAUCAGGGACUUCUCCGGGUUGGAGGAAGACUAAAAAAGUCAACACUCUGCCAAGAGUUGAAACACCCUAUUAUCCUUCCAAAAGACCAUCACAUUACAAACCUGAUCAUAUCUCACUUUCAUUCAGAGAUUUGUCAUCAAGGCCGAAGCCAGACGCUCAUGGAGAUCAGAGCAAAUGGGUUUUGGGUGAUUGGUGGGAGCAAAGAAGUUGCAAAACUAAUAAACAGAUGUGUUCAAUGUCGAAAACUUCGACGGCCUCUUGAGGAACAACGCAUGUCUGAGCUACCGAAGGAACGAGUUGAAGUCUCGGAUCCUUUCAUUUACAGUGGAAUGGAUUGUUUCGGACCAUUCACCACCAAGCAAGGUCGCAAGGAGCAAAAGAGGUAUGGACUCCUCUUUACCUGCCUUUCCUCACGCGCAGUCCACAUUGAAAUGUUAGAGAAUCUGUCUACAGACUCUUUCAUUAACGGCCUAAGAUGCUUCAUCAGCUUAAGAGGAGCUGUCUGUAAGCUGUACUGCGACCAAGGUACAAAUUUCAUUGGGGCCAAAAAUGAGCUAAAAGAGGCUCUCAAGGAAUGUGACAGAGAUGCCCUGGAGGCUUUCCUUGCAGAUAAACAGUGCGAGUUCGUAUUUAACGCUCCAUCUGCCAGCCACGCCGGAGGUGUGUGGGAACGACAGAUUCGAACCAUCCGCAGUGUUCUCAAUGCCACCAUUGCUCAAUCACAAGGCAGGCUGGAUGAUGCUUCUCUAAGAACACUGUUUUAUGAGGCAAUGUCUAUAAUCAAUGGCCGACCACUAAGCGUUGAUGGAAUCAAUGACCCUAAAUCACCUGAACCUCUAACUCCAAACCACCUCAUAUUAAUGAAAUCAAAAGUUGCACUGCCUCCUCCUGGAAAGUUUGUGAAGGAAGACUUGUAUGCAAGGAAAAGAUGGCGCAGAGUGCAAUAUCUAACAGAACAGUUUUGGAGUAGGUGGAAAGUGGAGUACCUUCUGAACAUUUCUACAAGACAAAAAUGGCACCGGUCUCGUCGCAACCUUGAGGUCAAUGACAUUGUCAUCAUAAAGGAAGACAUACUUCCCAGAAGUCAGUGGCAACUGGGUCGAGUUGUUGAAGCACCACAAGAGGAUGAUGGUUUGGUGCGCAGAGUCAAGCUUCAAGUUGGUGAACGACAUUCAGUAAAGAAGCAGUGUACAACACACAAACCUCACAUUAUUGAGAGACCUGUUCAAAAACUUGUAGUUCUUAUAGAAAGUCACUAACUGACGUUCAUUAGUCUCACAUCAGACAUUAUAUUGCUGAAGGUUAAAGUGUGACAUUAACUGUAUUUUGUUUGUUGGUUACUUCUUUAAUGUCAAUUUGUUAUGCUUGAAAUCAUGCAUGAAUCGUUAAUAUGUUCUCAUCAUACAUGAUUUGGUGGGAGUGUAAAUGCCUGUUCCAUCAUUUAUGAUGUUUGUAGGGUGUUACCCAUAGUACCCACUAGGGGGCGCCGUAGUUUGGUUCGCGUUGAGUUAGUGCCUUCAUUUUAAAGCCAAAAUAAGAAGAAGUGUUGCUAGUUUCCUGUCAGUCAGCACUUUGGGCUGAAAUAUCCCACGAGGAAGAGGAGGAUUUUCUUCAUCUUUAUGACUCUGGACUGUAGCGCACAUUCUUCUGAGAAGGCUAAAGGCGACACGGACUUUAGCGCCAUAAACUUUGCAGCCCUUGGACAGCGGAGCGAGUUUUCACGGUGUCACGGUGUAUUUGGAGCUAUUUAACAAACUUGGCUUCUAAAGAAUUAAAUACAAAUCUACUGCACCCGUCGAAGCUCUCCUGUAUUCUUGGGUCUGAG